UCUAAAAAGUUGCGAGUGCUUUGAAUCAAGAUGGAUAUGAAUCUUAUUGUGUCCCCUACCGUUCCUAUAAUCCUCGUGGUAGGAAAGCUUCAAUUCAAGUGCUUGUAAGUGCACUCACAUAUAUUAUGCUCGAAGUUUUUAUAGGUAGUUGUUUCCUCCAACACCUCCCCUUCAGACACACCUUCAUCCAAUUCCACUGCCUACCAGCAACUCCUACUUUAAUGAUUUGAGCUCCUCUAAAUGGAUACUUAUGAUUUCUAUUGAACUUUUGGCAACCUGAUCGACAUUCGAACCCUAACACCAAUCCCAAAUUCAUCCAACCACCAUCCGCCUGCACCACUACAGUACCUCGUUCGGCGGCCAACGACCCUCGAAACUUCCGCGACACAGCCAACAACCCACCAGUGGCAUUUCUCAUUCACCCUUUCUCCCCGUUUCAGAAUCAAAGGUAUUCCUUUAGAAUUCUAGCUAUGAGAAAGUGUCAAUCUCGAUGUUUUCGGAUUGGGCAGAUGUUAGAGGCAAGGACUUUUGAAAAAGGUUUCCGUGGUGCAUGGUUUCGAUGCAAGGUAAAAAAGGUUAUCAGAAAGAAAGGUCGAGUUGCUGCAUAUAACGUACAUUAUUAUGACUACAUAGAGGAACAAGAAACGGUGACUCUUUACGCCUCACCCACAGAGAGUAGUAGUGGCCAGAAGGCAAAAAGAGAGCUCAUGUUGCGCCCACACUUUCCGGGAUAUUUCCAUGAAAGUGAUUUGCCUGAUUUAAGCACGAUUUCAGAAGUCAUAGUUGCAGUUGCUGAUGUUUGGAGGGUUGGGGAUUUGGUUGACUGGUUCUUUUCUGGAUGUUUCUGGUCUGGAACAAUAACUGACAUUAUAGAUGAUAAAAGGGCCAAGGUCAAGUUACUGGACCCACCCAGAGGCGAGGGAUCUUCUUAUGAGGUUGACUGCGAAAAUCUUCGUCCAUCAUUGGAAUGGUCUCCGAAAUUUGGUUGGACGGUCCCUAAACCUGAGGAACGUCAGAGUGGACAUAUACAUGCUCGUUUAAUUCAGCCUUUGAAGCAAGCUCCAAAUUUAAAAUUAUUGGUAAAUGAGAUGGAUGAAGACCAAGAGAGCAUUACAAUCACCCCAAGGUCCUCAUUGGAGUUCAGUCAUUCAAUCUCGUCUCAUACUUCAGUUAGCUCACUGUCCCUGCUAAACACAUCAGGACACUCCAAGAAAUUGUUGCAGUAUACCGAAAAUAUUUCUAAGAAAGGAAUGCAGGAUAUUGGGGGUUCUGCCACUGGGAAGCCUAGUUGUUCAGACAAUGUUUCUGGUACAUAUGUCCAAGAUGUUCAAGCUGAAAUUGCUGCAGCUCUUAGUGUUGAACAACAGAAUCAUGAAAACGGACCUGCAAAGAAAGUACAGUUGAAUGGAACUAUAGCUCUAAAUUCCACACGCUGUGACAGCAUUGAAUCAACAAUCUUGGAUAUGGAAGAGCUGGUAAAUAGGGUUAAAUGGUUGAAGCAGAUUCUGAAGUUUGGUAUUUCAUCAUCUGUGCAGGUUCCAGCAUGGGAGUUUCUUGAGCACCCUGAAAUAUCUACUCCAAAAUGAGCAGGUAGAGCUGUAGACGUCAUUUUGGUUAGAAUUUUUAGUUUUCUUUUAAUGCAAUCACAAUAGAUUAAAUGGGAUGGAGAAGGUUUGAUCCCGUGAUUACAGUACGACACUGUUAGUACGCGGUUACUCAUUGUCAUUUCAUAUUUUAUGGGAUGGCUCAAGAAAUGGAAAGUUUGUGCAAUCCAUUGAUAUUA